AUGUACAUCGACCGAGACUUCCAGAAAAUGGUAGUGACCUACCUUCAGGACAAGCGUGAUUCUUUGACAAGAGACAUCGAGGAUGUUAGCUUGGACAUGCGAAACAGCAACCUUUUCCGCAAGAAAAAACACGCAUUUGACCCCGAUACAUUUGAAAACUUGAAUUUCGAUAUUCCCUUAAAGAACAGCGCUCGACAUGACUCAAAGGGCUCUCCCCCGCCCGCUACCUUUGUUCUGACUGGUGAAUCUUUUGGUUCUUUGUUCAACCACCAGAUUGAUGUAAUCAAUGAGGAGAUUCGGCGUUUUAUCAGAGCAUUCGUGACAGACAGCGGGACCAACUCAGAAAACCACCUGGGCUACAUUGUCCUGGCUGGUGGGCUUGGAAGCUCCCGCUACGUUCGAGGAAAGAUCGAAGAAUUUAUUCAAGAAUUGCUGUUUAAACCUGCAGAGAAACCCAAACUCGUCGUGUCAGCUACUCCUCGACUUGCUGUUUGCAUGGGCCUGGUCUAUAAUGCGGGCCGUCACCCAGAGCUCUUCCCACGACGCUUUGACCGAGUCUCAAUAGGCGUGGCGUCACAGUCAUUGACAGGUGAAAUCAUCAAGAGUCGCUUCCGCAGUUUCAUGAAGCGAGCAUUUCUGCGCGCCCCCAAGGGCCAGAAGCCUCGGGGAGAAGUGGAAUGUGUUCUCGUCAAGGGGGAACUUGUCCCUGACCGAGUCGCCGUUCAUGAACAGACGGCGUACUUCAAUGCGGAUCUGGCCCCCGACAAGCGGAUCUGGGAGCUGGCAAUUCUCCACAGCUUCGAGGGCGACAUCAACCAGUUGACUCUUGGAGGUAAGCCUCUAGCUCCUGAAGGCGCAUGGCAGAUACUAACAUACACAGAUAUAUGCCGCGUCCAUUCAGUCCUCAGAGUAAAUUUGUCGCAUGUUGGCGUACCCGAGAAGACUGGGACAGGAGACGCCCUGUCAAGACUCCGUCUGGCUUCGAAGCCCAAAGUUCCGAUCAAGUUUGACCUUCGGAUAGAGGUCGGACUAGCCACAGUCGAACUUUAUUGCAGUAUGAUUACCAACCCAGAGUAG